AUGAAGCUUUCAGUCCUCCUCGCCCUUCUGCCUUUGGCACUUGCGGCUCCCGCUCCAGUUAUCGUUCCCCGCGCUGGAUCUCCCAUCCCGGGGCGCUUCAUUGUCAAGAUGAAGAACGAGAACCUUCAGCAGCUCGUCGACACUGCCUUGAAGCUCUUGAGGAAGGACCCUGCUCAUGUCUACAAGUUUGCUGGCUUCGGUGGCUUCGCCGCUGACAUGGCUGAUGACAUCGUUGAGUUGAUCCGCAACCUCCCUGGUGUUGAGUACGUCGAGCAGGAUGCCGUAGUCAAGGCCAACCUCGGCGAGAUUGACAGCAUUGAGAAGAGGGCCUUCACUACCCAGAGCUCUUCCACCUGGGGUCUAUCUCGUGUCUCCCACAUCAACCGCCAGACUAGCGGCACUUCUUACACCUACGACUCCAGUGCUGGUCAGGGUACCUGCGUAUAUGUCGUCGAUACUGGUAUUGAGACCUCCCACCCCGAGUUCGAGGGACGUGCUACCUUCCUUGCCAACUUUGCUGGUGAUGGCCAGAACUCCGAUGGCAACGGCCACGGAACUCACUGCGCUGGUACCAUCGGUUCCAAGACCUACGGUGUCGCCAAGAAGGCCUCGCUUUACGCUGUCAAGGUGCUCGACGCCUCAGGUUCUGGCUCCAACUCUGGUGUCAUUGCUGGCAUCAACUACGUCGCCAACGACGCAAAGACCCGCAGCUGCCCCAACGGUGCUGUCGGCAGCAUGUCUCUUGGAGGAUCCAAGUCCACCGCUGUCAACUCUGCCGUUGCCAAUGCUGUCACUGCCGGCGUCUUCUUCGCUGUUGCCGCUGGUAACGAUGGUGCUGACGCCUCGCGCUACUCCCCUGCUUCUGAGGUUUCCGCCUUCACUGUUGGUGCCACCGACAGCUCUGACCGCGUUGCUUCUUUCUCCAACUACGGCACCCUUGUCGAUAUGCACGCGCCUGGUGUCUCUAUCCUCUCCACUUGGUUGAACGGUGGCACCAACACCAUCUCUGGUACCUCGAUGGCCACUCCCCACGUUGCUGGUGUUGCUGCCUACAUCCUUGCUCUCGAGGGCAAAAUCUCUCCUGCCGCUCUCUCCACCCGUCUUACUACUCUCGCCACUAAGGACAAGAUUACCGGUCUUAAGGGUAGCACCAAGAACUACCUUGCUUUCAACGGCAACCCCAGCGGUUAAGCGUUUUGUAGCGAAUCAUUUACUGCACGCAUGGCAAUGUUGCAAAGACAUGUAGAGCUGGAAGCAUAGUGUCUUUUCAUUUCUUAUUAUUUGAUGAAAUUAGUAUCUACGGAUAAUGCAAAUCUUUGCCUGACUAGAA